AUGGCAUCUUCUGACUUUUCAAAGCCCAGGGCUCAUGAGGUCGGAGGGCUGGGCUGCACUGUGGCCUACUGCCGGCAGGAAGGGAAGGAUGGAAUCAUAUUUGUGACCAAAGAAGACCAUGAAACUCCAAGCAACGCGGAGCUGGUGGCUGACGACCCCAAUGAUCCGUAAGAGGAGCCCUGAUGGAUCCUGCCCAAUGGAGACCUCAGCUGGAACUGCCCGUGCCUUGGGGGCAUGGCCAGCGGCCUGUGUGGGGAACAGUUCAAGGUGGCCUUUUCCUGCUUCCACUGCAGCACAGAGGAUGUCAAGGGGUCGAACUGUGUAGACCAGUUCCAGGCCAUGCAGGAGUGCAUGCAGAAGUACCCGUACCUCUAUCCCCAGGAGGAGGAGGAGGAGGAGGAGAAGCCAGCAGAUCGAUUAGAGGAAUCGGCUGCUUCUGAGGUUGCCGCAACCAAAGAAGAGGAGGGGCCCAGCUAA